AUGAACGCUACACUCGCUACGCCAUCUGUGCUCAUGCAUCAACCCCAUAUGCACGAGAUGCCUUCAGCGUUCGACGGGUACGGCUCAGCUUAUCCCAUGGGUCUUCCAGAGGGGUCUCACUCCCCUGGUCGACGUCAACGUAUCUCAAUGGCCUGUCAAUACUGUCGACAUCGUAAAAUAAGAUGUUGUGGGGGUUCGCCUUGUCGAAAUUGUACUCGAGCAAAGAGGGACUGUGAAUAUGCUCCUGUACCCGAAGAAGUCAAUAGGGCGACCAGGGAGAAGAAAGCUGUAGCUAAAGCCAACAAGGGAUCUUCCUACACUUCCCCCAUUACCACUUCCUCACCUUAUUUCUCUGAUCAACCUGUAUACAAUGUUCCGUUCAUGUCUGGACCUGGACCAAUCCGACCACCUCAUUUGGGACACCGUCGAUCGGUUUCUAUGCCUAAUAACGGUGUCGCGCCGUGGGUCACUCCACCUUCCGCACCAGCAUUAUCAUCACCACCUAUGUUUGAAUCACCCCAAUGGAUGUAUAACAGUUGGAAUCAUGGUCAACAACCUCUUCAAACUCAUUUCGAGUCUUCUACUCCAACUUCAUCAUUCCCAUCUGUACUUGAACAUACUCCAAUGCAUCAAGCAUACCUUGAAGGUCAAAUGCAAGUUGGUUUACCGGAUCACCCUACAUCUGAUUCUCCUCGAUCCCUUUCACUAGAGUCAGAUUAUCCUCCUCAGUAUAUGGUGCAAUCUGGUUUACCUACAUCAUAUUCCUCACCUCAUUUACCUACUGAUACGUAUAUGCGACCUCCUCAUCCUGUCACUCCUAAUCUGAUGAAGCCAAACCAUCACACCGCUUCAUCACCGGUGACUCCCGCAUAUCAAACCCCUUUCCCCACACCUCCCCUUUUCCAAGUGCCCUUCAUGUCAUCGCAACAGCACCAUCACCACCACCACCAAUAUCACCAUCACCAACAACAAUCACAACAACCUCAACCUUUGUAUUAUUCCCCUUCACCACUUGGUCAAAGUACCUCGACUUCACCUACCCUUGCACCUGAAAUGACUCUUCCUCAACAAAAAGAGCAUCUCGUCGGCUUGGGUAUCGGUGUACCAGAAACUCAAGUCGAUUACUACCAAACACCUACACCAACCCUUUCUUCCGACGAGUAUUUUUCACCUUCAAUGCAAUUUUAA